AUGGACAAACAAGACGAGAAGAAGCAGGGAACAACAAAAUCUUCAUCUACAUUGACGACAAGAUGCUCACAUGGUAAUCACAUAUCUCAGUCAAACUCGAUUCCUCUCGACAUAACCAUUGAGAUACUCUCAAGACUUCCUGCGAAAUCAAUCGUCAGAUCUCGCUCCGUCUCUAAGCUCUGGUCGUCCAUUACCACCACACCAGAGUUCAUCAAGCAUCGGUCCAAGAAGACAUCACCACCUUGUGUUCUACUAAUCUUCCGAAAACACGACAAGCUGAUCGUUUUCUCGUCUCCCCAACACCAGAAUACUUAUUCUCAUGUGCAAGAUUAUCACAUUGAAAUCCCCAAGAAUGGUUUCAUCCGUCGUCUUGAUUCCGUCCACGGUUUGAUCUGCUUAGAAGGUUCUAAACAGCUCGUGAUUUGUAACCCUACUUUGAAACGAUUCUUCCCUUUACCUGAGCCUCAAGGCACCGGUGACGAAUACAACGUAGGAGGGUUUCUGGGAUAUGAACCGAUAGAGGGUAAAUACAAAGCAUUGUGCAUUGUCAGAGGAUGGAACACUCAAGUUCUUACAUUGGAAAUUCAAGAAUCAUGGAGAGUAACCAAACCUGGCUAUACACAUUGGCCUACUAAAGAUACUGGACGAUGCAUUAAUGGAGUUAUCUACUAUAAAGCUAUUAUAUUUGAUAGGGUUCCAAGGCAUGUUAUAUUUGGCUUUGAUCUCAGAUAUGAAGAGUUUACACAUAUUGAGUUUCCGAUGCGUAAUUAUGACCGCUUUCUUAUGGUAUCUUAUGAGGGAAGGUUGGCUUUGAUAAGUUCCACUAGCUCUGUUGUUGAAAUCUGGAGUUUGGAGGAUGCAGGGAAUCGAAAAUGGUCGUAUGAACAGUUUCAUUUAUGUCUUCCUCCCAACACAAGUCUGAAGGGUGUUAUUGAUGCUGGUGAGCUUAUUUACACAGGAUUUAGUUUGAAUAGAUCGUUCUGUGUUGUGUAUUUUGAUCCUAAGAAAAACAAUAUCAGAGAAACCAAGUUUCAAGGAAUUGCGGAUAACCAGAUUUGGCAACCUGAUAGACUUGGAUUUGAUCUUGUGAAUGACUUUUAUGUAUUACCAAAUCACAUUGAGAGUUUCAUCUCGUUUUAA